AAAAUAAUAAAAGCUUAUACUACUACUCUUCAUUGCACAGUAUACAAUAGAUACAGUCUGUGUUAAGCUCAUCUCAAUUAAGUUCUAAUACUCAUUAUUUGAAUCACGGAACCGAAGUUUGCCACUUAACGUGAAAAAAUAUUGUGAUCAUUAAUAGUCAAGCAGUGAGAGUAUUAAAAAAAAUGAUAACAAAAUGUUCAAAGCUGUUUUUCACAAAGUUUGUUUUGGCAUCUCCUCUUUUAUGUAUUUUUUUUACAGAAAGUGUUGCUAGUAGUGUCACUAACCAAGAUAUUCAAACAUUCACUGAAAAAAUUCUGAAUGAGGAUAAUAGCGGGCUUUCAGAUCUGGUAAGAUACAACAGACAAGGAAAGGCACAGUCUACACGAGAUUCAGCAAGUCAACCACUUCUAAAUGUUGAUGGAAGAGCCUUAGAGAAUCCUACAGUUAAAGCCUUGAUGGCAUUAUUUGAUAAUUACGAUCCAGAUGUAACUCAUCCAGAGGUUGUUACCCAUAUCGAGAAAUUAGAAGAAUCUGCAUUUAUCAAUGCUGUGAUGAAAACUAAAGUGAUGCAGUCGACCUACGAGUUUUUAACGGAAAAAGGACUGUUUAGAGGCGACCAAGAGUCAUUCAAACAUUGGUUGGCACAAAUUUGGUUCUCUCUGUACUCUAGAGGUUUUAGAGAAAGGGGUUCAUCAGCCUUCGAGCACGUCUUUUUGGGAGAGAUCAAAAAUCAUCAAGUCUCGGGACUUCACAAUUGGAUUUAUUUCAAUAAUCAGGAGAAAAGUGGGACAUUAAAUUAUAUGGGAUGGAAACAUUACUUGGAUUUCGGAAAGGGAAGUCUGGUGAAAGUACAUUUCACAUGGAAUGAUGUUGACAAGCCAGUUAGUAGCUUAUUUGUAGGUACUAGUCCCGAAUUAGAACUCGCACUUUACAGUGUAUGUUAUCUAGCUAGGCCUGGAAAUGCAUGCCAGAUAAGUCUCAAUAGGAAACCAUUAGUCAUAAUAUCACACACAUUUCAGGGACCGAAUUCUCAAAAAUUAAUUGGUAGUAUUUAUCCUGAAGUAUUAAGACGUAAUUCGUAUUGAUAUUAUCUGUUUAGGACUGAAAAUGUUGAAUAUUAAUGUUUGUAAUAUAGAUCGAAUAUUAUUUAUCAUCAACACACAACACAUUGGAAGAAAUAGCCUAAUUUGUAUUUUAUUUGUAAUAAAUUUGAAUUAUUGAUGAAAAAAACGUGUUACAUACAUACACUUGGUAAUGGAUAAUUAUACUUCAAUUAUUUCGAUUCAAAUUCGUAUUGCACAGGAAAAAGAG